GCUCGGUGCAUCUCCCGCGCUCUCCUCCGCGCGCGUCCUCAGGACCGCGUCGAACAAGGCCCGCAAGCCCGUCGCUCGCGCUUCCGGCGUCCGCGUCAACGCCAUGGCGGACGAAGAAAAGAGCCGCGUCGGCCUCGUCGGCCUCGCCGUGAUGGGACAGAACCUCGCGCUGAACGUCGCGGAGAAGGGGUUCAAGAUCUCCGUGUUCAACCGCUCCGGCGAUAAGACCGACAACGCGGUCGCGCGCGCGCAGAAAGAAGGCCUCGGCGACAAGCUCGUCGGGUACAAGGACAUGAAGGAAUUCGUGAACUCGCUUCAGAAGCCGCGCUCCGUGAUCAUCCUCGUGAAAGCGGGCGCGCCCGUGGACGCGACGAUCAAAGGCCUCUCCGAGCACAUGGAGCCCGGGGACAUCAUCAUCGACGGCGGGAACGAGUGGUACGAGAACACCGAACGCCGCAUCGAGGAGGCGCACGCGAAGAACCUCCUCUACAUGGGCAUGGGCGUCUCCGGCGGCGAAGAGGGCGCGAGGAACGGUCCGUCCAUGAUGCCCGGCGGCGACGUGGAGGCGUACGAGGCCGUGAAGGAAGUGCUCACGGCGUCCACCGCGCAGACGGACUCCGGCGCGUGCGUCACGUUCGUCGGCAAAGGCGGCGCCGGGAACUUCGUUAAGAUGGUGCACAACGGCAUCGAGUACGGGGACAUGCAGCUCAUCUCCGAGGCGUACGACGUCUUGAAGACCGUCGGCGGGCUCACGAACGCGGAGCUCGCGACCGCGUUCAACGAGUGGAACGCCGCGGAGCUGGACUCGUUCCUCAUCGAGAUCUCCGCGCUGAUUCUCGCGAAGGAGGACGACCAAGUCGCCGACGGCGGCCCUCUCGUGGAUAAGAUUCUGGACAAGACCGGGAUGAAAGGCACCGGGAAGUGGACGGUGCAGCAAGCCGCGGAGCUCUCCGUCGCGAUCCCGACGAUCGCAUCUUCGCUCGACGCGCGCUUCAUCUCCGGCGUGAAGGACGAGAGAGUCGCCGCGGAGGCGUGCUACAAGACCGCCGGCCUCGCCGCCGCGGACGCCGCGACGCCGAAGCUCUCCGCGGAGGAGAAGAAACAGCUCGUGGACGACGUCCGCGCGGCGCUGUACGCCUCUAAGAUUUGCUCGUACGCGCAAGGCAUGAACCUCAUCCGCGCGAAGUCCACGGAGCAAGAGUGGGGGCUCGACCUCGGCGAAAUGGCUCGGAUCUGGAAGGGCGGGUGCAUCAUCCGCGCGCGGUUCCUCGACCGCAUCAAGAAGGCGUACGACAAGGACGCGAACCUCCCGUCGCUGCUCGUCGACGGCGAGUUCGCGGCCGAGCUCGUGGAGCGCAACGAGUCGUGGAGGCGCGUCGUGACCGCGGCGAUCAACGCCGGGGUCGCGACGCCCUCGAUGUCCGGCUCGCUCGCGUACUUUGACUCGUACCGCCGCGGAAGACUUCCGGCGAACCUCGUCCAGGCGCAGAGAGAUUUCUUCGGGUCGCACACGUACGAGCGGACGGACAUGGAGGGGUGGCAUCACACGGUGUGGUCCGACAUGAACUCCGCGGACUCGAUCACGACGGACGGGUACAACGCGUGAGUUGAGUGAAGAGCGACGCGAGCGACGUUCGCGUGCCUUGCGUUCGAUCGGUCCGACUCCGCGACCGACGCGAGACGUCGGGCGGGCGUCGAAGAAUUUUUUAUGUCUGGUUUUUGUUGUUCAUGAAAGAGCUCCUACUUUUGAUUUGAGCUUAAACCCGGGUGCGCGCUA